UUCUUAUGAUGUCAUCGGAGGAGGAGAGCAAAUGCUUGGGGUUGUACGGCGACAAGCUACUGAAGAAGAGGCAGCGGCAACGCGUGGACGCGGGCGAGCCUAGGAACAGCUACUCCUCCAUCCCCAACUUCAGUUCGCGCCCGACCUUCCUCAGCGGCAGUCCGUACGAGCAGCUGUUCAGCCAGCAGCACAGCAUCGGCUUCCUGGGCCAGGGCUUCGGCUCGGCCAAGAUGCUCAACGAGUUGUUGGGCCGCAAGGACCCCUGCGCCCUCGGCGCGCUGGGAGGCGUCGGCGCCGUGGGGGGAGCCGUCGGCGACGUGGACUGCUACAGCGGCGCCGUCAACAGCGCCGUCGGCGUCAUGAUCCGGCGCGGCCUCGUCGACGAGGACCACAUGCUGCGCGACAUCCUGCAGGGCCGCAAGAAGGAGCUGCUCGCCCUGGAGCAGGAGCUCCAGAGCGGCGACCACGACCCCGUCAACAACAACAACAACAACAUGGCGCUGGCCAACAACAACAACGACCUCAAGAACGGCAGUGACAGUAGUGACGCGAGUGAAUUGGUGUGCAGUGUUAGUGCCGGUGCGAGCGGCAACAAACUGGUCAACGGCGGGGACCUGGCCUCCGGCAUGGCCUCUAGCAUGGCCUCCGGGAUGGCCUCCGGCAUGGCCUCCGGGAUGGCCUCCGCCAUGGCCUCCGGGAUGGCCUCCGGCACCGCGGCCGACGGCGGCGCGAGAUCGCCCGCGCGCCUCAACGACAGUGACAAGCACGUGAACGGCGACGCGGCCGAGUCGGACUCGGACAUGUCAGUGCACUCGACGGCCACGACGACCGACGUCAAGGACGUGCUCGCUGACGACGCGGAGGACGACGACGACAAGAAGUCGAGCGGCAGCGGCGUGGACCUGAAGAGGAAGCGCGUCGAGAACAUCGUGUCCACCAUGACGAGGUCCUCGCCCCUGCCACAGCCGCCACAGGGCCCCCAGGCCGUCAACGGCUGCAAGAAGCGCAAGCUGUACCACCCCCAGCAGCACGACGCGGGGCUCGGCGUGGCCAUGGGCAUGCAGGCCCUCAUGAUGGACGACGAGGACUCCAGCACCAUCCGACAGAAGCACGCCGAGAAGAGCGUGCUCAAGUCGCAGCUGCGCACUAUGCAGGAGAAGCUGGUGGAGAUGCAGCACCAGUACGUGCAGCUCUGCACCCGCAUGGAGCAGGUCGACACCCAGGACCAGGACUUGGACGAGUCCGCCGCCGACGACAACAACAGUGACAUCCUGGAGCCGGAGCGCGAGCCCGCGGACCAGGACCAGGACAUGGACGCGGACCAGGACGAGCAGGACGGCGACCAGGACCAGGACGCCGACAACAGCCUCAGCCUGUCCGACAAGACCGGCAAGGACGACAGCUCGCCGCCCGCCACGCCCGCCAAGGAGUCCUCCGUGAAGGAGGCCGUGAGCGCGCCGACGACGCCCAGCAGCGCGACCUCGCCGGUCGUGAAGCAGAUGGCGCCGCCCAAGAUCCACCCUCACCACGGCAACCCCAUGUUCCCGCCGCACCCCAUGCAGCUGGCGCUGAUGCAGCAGCAGGCGCUCGCCAACGAGCACUACCACCCGCACCACCCGCACCACCCGCAGCACCACCCGACGGCCCUCAGCAUGUACCUCGGCGUCAGCCACAAGCUGUUCCUGGAGCAGCAGGCCGCCAAGGCCGAGGCCGCGGAGCAGCAGCGCCAGCAGCAGGAGCGCAACCGCGAGCAGCACCACCAGAUGCAGCAGCAGCAACAGCAGAAGGACUUCUCCGAGAGGUUCGCCCUGUUCCGCAGCGCGCCCGUCGACCUGGACGGGCUGGCCGACGUGCUCAAGUCCGAGAUCAGCUCGUCCGUCGCCAACCUGGUGGACUCGAUCGUGUCGCGGUACGUGCAGCAGCGCAACCGGUACAAGAGCGGCGACUCGGAGCAGCUCAACAAGGACCUGCUGCUGGCGUCGCAGCUCCUGGACCGGAAGUCACCGCGCACCAAGGUGCUGUCCGAGGGAAGGCCCAACGGCCCGCGGAUGAACGGCGCGCCCUUCAACGCCAGCACGCCCACGCAGUCGGCGGCCUGCCCCACGCCGGGCAGCAGCGGCGCGGCCGGCAACAGCGACCUGAUGCCGCCCCACGUGCGGCCCUCGCCCAACGCCAUGAUGUUCCCCACGCCCAAGCUGCCCAACGCCGCGGCCGCCGCGCUCUACUCCAUGUCCGGGCUCGGCCAGGGGCUCGGACAGGGCCUCGGACAGGGCCUCCCGCACGUGUUCGACGACCGGCACCGCGAGGGCGUGCCGGAGCAGAACGAGGCCCUGAGCCUCGUGGUGACCGCCAAGAAGAAGCGCCACAAGGUGACGGACACCCGCAUCACCCCCAGGACCGUGUCCAGGAUCCUGGCGCAGGAGGGCGUGGGCCCGCUCGGCCCGCUGGGGCCCAUGCAGUCGCCGCUGGACGGCGCCGGGACGCCCCAGCCGCAGCACCCUCCGCCGCGGCCCUACCACCCGCACGCCUCCGUGCCGCCCAUGCUGCCCGUGUCGCUGCCCACCUCGGUGGCCAUCCCCAACCCCGGCCUGCACGAGAGCCAGGUCUUCUCGCCCUACUCGCCCUUCUACUCGCACGUGCCCCACAUGUCGGCGUCGCCGCCGCUCGCGCUCCGGGACUCGCCGCCGCCGCUGCCGCCGCUGCUGCACCCCGCGCUCAUGGCGGCCACCCACGGCCACCACGGCGGCUCGCCCGACUACGGCGUGCUGCGCGGAGCCUCGGGGCUGGACAGCCUGGACCGCUCCGACUGCAACUCCGGCGACGGCCCCUACGACGGCCUGUCGCAGUCCAUGUCGUUCAGCUACCGGAUGAAGCACGAGGACCCCUCGUCGCUAUCUGGGCCCCACUCGUCCACGCUGACGCCGAUGCACCUGAGGAAGGCCAAGCUCAUGUUCUUCUGGGUGCGGUACCCCAGCUCCGCGGUGCUCAAGAUGUACUUCCCCGACAUCAAGUUCAACAAGAACAACACCGCGCAGCUCGUCAAGUGGUUCUCCAACUUCAGGGAGUUCUACUACAUCCAGAUGGAGAAGUACGCCCGGCAGGCCGUGAGCGAGGGCAUCAAGCAGCUGGAGGACCUGAGGGUGCUGGGCGACAGCGAGAUCUACAGAGUCCUCAACCUGCACUACAACCGCAACAACCACAUCGAGGUUCCGCAGAACUUCCGGUACGUGGUGGAGCAGACGCUCAAGGAGUUCUACAAGGCGAUCCAGGGCGGCAAGGACACGGAGCCCUCGUGGAAGAAGGCCAUCUACAAGGUCAUCUCCCGCAUGGACGACCCCGUGCCCGAGUACUUCAAGUCGCCCAACUUCCUGGAGCAGCUCGAAUGAAACGAGAACAAGCCCCGUGCUCGCCCCCGCGCGCCGUCCUGCAGGGAUUCGUAAAUUCCUGCUCGAUGACGCUCGAGGCCUGGUCGUAGCGGCCGCGGAGUGCCCGCCAGCCGGAUGCCUCCUGGGGUAC